AUGAUUAUGCAAUUUUAUCAUGAACCUAGAGAAGAUAUCCGUAGGUACAACGAACCAACAGUUUCUGAAACCGCAGCAGUAUUUGAAUCUUCAGAUGGCACACCUCCUUCACAUAGACAUAUAUCAGUUUACCCAAAAAAAGGAGAUAUACAAAGAAUUGAUUACGACAGCAUGCACUGUGACCAUAUGACUUACGUUUUAAUAUGGCCGUACGGAGAACCAGGCUGGUAUAUAAAUAUGCAAUAUAAUGGUAAACGUAAAACUGCCAAAAGAUGCAACAUUUCCAUGCGUGAAUAUGUAUGUUUUCGAAUGGCAAUAAAAGGUACUCCCCCGUGUGGUAAUUUUAAUCCAGUACUGAGCACAGCCAAACUGUCUCAACAACUGAUCGUUGAUUAUUAUUGUCGUAUUGAAGGUGAUAGAUUGAAAUAUAUUAGAAACCAGCAAUCAAAAUUAUGA